UUAUUUUUAGACAUUUGUCAACUUGCUAUUAAGACAGAUGAAGACUUUUUUCCUUUCCCAUCCUUCCGAUAUUUUUUUGGUUAAAUCAGCAUCAUUGUUUGCAUUACUUUGAUCUAUUUGUAUGUUCACUGUGCUUACAUUUUUUUUCUCAUACAUUUUGUCUUUGAGUUGUCUUAUUUUUUGGAUUUAUGUGCACAUCGCUAAUUCUUCCCAAACAGUCCCAAAUAAAUUUGUAAAAGUUUUCUUGAUUCUUUACCUGUUUCGAUCUAGACUAGUUUCUCAUCCAAGGUGACAUCGCUGAUCACCCUGGGGAUUUGUUUUCUUUUCUCUUGAGUUGGAUCCCCAUGUGUUCAUUAUUAGUCUGCUUCCUUGUUUAAGUGGAGCACUUCCUUCAGUAGUUUCUUGGGAAUGGGUACUUGAGAGGUCAAUUAUAUUGAGAUUUUAUGUUUCUGAAAGAUAGUUUGCUUGGUAUAUGAAAUUCUAGGUAGAAAAUCAAAUUUGAAAUUUUUGAAAAUUUUGAUUGACAGUUGUACUCAAAAUCAACUCAAAAUUUUGAAGGCAUUGCUCUAUUCUAAUUAGCAAAAUCUUAAGGUAUCUGAUGCAAAUUUUAUUUGUUUUGUUUCUUUGUUUUCUCAGAAUAUUAUGUUUAGUGUUAAUACUAUGCUUUGGUGGUCUUGGAAAAUAUUUUUUAGUUCUUUGUCUCUCCCCCUCCACCCCAUUUUCUUUGUUUUGGAACUCCAUGAAAUAGUGGAGCUCCUAACUGAGCCUUGGGCCUUAUUAAUCUUUUUUUUUUUUCUAGGAGAUUUCCUGAACAUGAUUUUCCAAUCUUUCUAUUCUAUUUUAUUUUUGGUUGACAGACUACCUGCCUGUAUUUAGUUCCAUGUGUCACUUUUGCCUCCCAAUCCUAGGCCUGCCUGAGUUCUGCAGGGCUGGCCAUGGAUGAUAACCCUGCUAAGGCAGAUACACGCUUAUCUUUUUCCCAUGUUCAGUACAUUUGUUGAACUCUACAAUAUUGUUUCUUAUUUUCGUUCAUGUAGUUAUGUGAUUUUUAUUCCUGUUCUGACUUUUUACUGGGGUUUUUGGGAGGAAGAGAAGAAAACGAAUGUUAACCUGCAUAUUGAAUUUAUACAGGGAUGAGUUUUUAUUCAUGAAAUUCAUGGGUAAUUGCUGGACAAGGCUUACUGGGGACUCAGUGUAUCAGAAUGCUUGAGUUUUCUUGAAAGUAGUAAAAUGCUGUGUGACAAACCAGUUCAUUGCUUGAUUCUUGGUUAAUCUUGCUGGUUUGAAGGAAUUUGAUAUGGUCCCUGCCAUUUCUUUUUCUCAAGUAUUAAUUUUGAGGCAUUCUAUUAUCUGUGACUCAGGUCUUCGAGGGCAGUUUCCUGGGGGUGAUACUCGGAGAUAUAUUUGAAAGAAAACAGGAGAUGCUUGAAAAUGUCCCCAGAUUAAACAAUUCAUGUAAGAAUAUCUAUUUUCUUCUGACUCAAAACACUUCUUAAUGUAGCCUUUCAGUUACAUAAUAAAGUAGUUUAUCUUGCUUUGCUCUUAAGUGGUUCUCCAUGAAUCUAAUUGGUUUAAAGCCAGUCUUGUCCCCCUGACUGGUAUAUAGUUAAAUUCAGACUUUCAUGUGAUGUUUGGGUUUAAUUCUCAUCUCUGCUACUUAAAAUCUGUGUAUCCUUCAACAAUUAAAUUCCUUAGUCUUCAUUUUCCUCAUCCCUGAGGGGAGAUUAAUAUUAAAAUUUCACAGAGUUAUAAGAGAGGAAAAACGCAGUAAAUAAAAAAGAGGCUUUACUUCUAUUAUUUCUUCAAAGGAUAGAUGGUUAAAGACAGGUAUAGCAGUUGGGAGAUUUUUUUUUUUAAACUAGGCAUGAUAUAACCACUGUGAACAUUUUUAUUUUUCAGAGAAUGUGGCAUAGCUUUUUAAUGUAUAAUGUUUCUGAGAAAACACUUAUUAGUUAUAUUGUCUUCCUCCAAGAAUUGGUCCUUGGGUCUUGAGGCUUAAGAAAAUGACAUUCCUUUCCCCCAAAAUAGGGAUCAAGAAAAUUUUGUGGAGCAUAUGUUUUCUAACUGAUGUGAAAAAUAUUUCAAGGAUGAAUAAUGUCCAUCUACUCGUAGCAAUGGAAGAUAGGAUUCCAGAGGACUCAUCCAUCUUACAACCUAAGCCUUGGUGUCCUGUUGGGAUAGUUAGUUCCUGUGACCUGGAACCCUAGCUUGUAGCAUCUUGUACGUACACCAGAGGGCAGAAGCUCCUUGGAGUGUACGGGAGGGGACCACCUAAGUGAGUGGCAGGGAAAGGAGGAGAUGCAAAAAGUCACAGCCUUGGAAAAGCCUUUGAAAAGGAAAGGAGGUGGAUGAGAUGAAGUGCCUCCUUCACUUCAGUGGGUCUGUAGCCAGGCCGAAUCCCAGUCACAAUCGCUUUUCGAAGCUACUGGAAGCCUCAGGAGUCUGAUCUGUCAUCAUCCUAGCUGUGAAGUCACAACCAUUUUCUGUCCCUGUUUGUUGCAGUUCUCUCGUUGGUCUGGAGUCCUUGCGAGUUGGUUGUCACAGUGGCAGCUCCUGCCUUCUACAGGAUGUUUAUAUGUGGGAGCAUACUGAGGCAGAGGUGCUGGCAAUGUGGUGUGAGCUUAUGUAGCUGCUUCAGCCAAAUAAUGACAUUAACUUCAGUCCAACAAGGACAUCAUCAGUUACCAACAAAAUCAGAGCAUGGUGUUUGUUGUUCGUGGUGUUGUUUUCUUUUUAAAGCAUAGUUUCAGUAAUGUAUUUUCAACCUUAGACAUUAUGAAAAAACUCAGUAUUUGGAAUCUUACACUACUUGGCUAAGUUAACACUAAAUAUAGACCAACAGUUUCAUGCUGGGGUUUAUGGGCUUCAUAGGAACACCCGUACGCUGAAGGAAGGCAAAGAAAGAACCACAGCAUUUGUAGAAAGUUUUGUUGUAGUUGCUUCUGGAUAAUUAGUUUUGUUUUUUUUUCUGGUAACCUACCGGUCAAAGCUCAUAUUUUUGUAAGUAAUUUGCAUGCUAUUACUCUGCUGAGAUUGAAUUAUCAUUCUUGAGUCUGGGAAGUUUUUGUUGCAUGUGCUCCAUGCUUUUAACUUCUGAUAGAAAUGAUUUUAGACUUGAUUUUAAAAAUUACUUUUUGAAUGUGAAGAGGUAUUGAUUCUGAAAUGAAAUUAAAGAGCAGGUUACCAUGACUUACUCAAUAAAGCUUUUUAUUAGCUUUGAAUUAAGCCCUAUUAUAACAAUUCUGGCUUUGUGGCAAGCAACACUGGUGUGAGUUAUUUCUAAGGUUUGAUACCAAGCACCUAUGGGAAAAAAUAAAGCACAAAGCAAUUUUUCACAGACAAUCUUUAUUUGUCAGAAUAUUUCUUUGUAGGUAGUCAAAGAAUUCUCAAAUGACAAAAAGAAUCAGCUGUUAGAGAAAAAUGAAAUUACUUACAUGUUUCAGCUCAAAGUGUUGGAUAAGUUUCUGUUAAAAAGCUGCUGCUUUAGCCAAUCUUGGUGAAUAAGCAAAUUUGCACACUGGAGUUGGGAAGGAGGGUUAAGUCAGUGUGGUGCGGAAUUGCUAGUAACACCGGCUUCUCCAGCCUCGCUGGUUGUUCUCAGAUGCCCUCAUUUGGACACGCCAAAUAUAGCAAGUGCUGGGUGUCAAAACAGCUGUGGGUCCUGUUGUUAGGGCCAUGUGAUCUUGUAUCCAUUUACUAGCAGACUCAUGAGUCAUUUGCAAAUCAUUUGUAAGCUCUUGGCAGGCCUAAACAACACCCAACCCAGUUUUCGCUAUUAGUUCUUUAUUUUACAUUCACAUGUAGCAAUUCACUUAAAAAUAUAUUGAAACGGCAUGUAUUUACAUUGUGAUUUAACUCUAAAGAAAUUUUCUUUCAGAGCACUUCAUAGCCCACUCUAGGUUGUUGUCUUGAUACUUUUGGAGUGACCUUUUGAGUAGGUAGCAAGGCCAUUGAUUUGGAGAUUUUAUGAGCUGUACUUUUAAAGUCCAUUUUUGUGGCUGUGAUUUUCUAGCUAGUUCUCUACUUUGUAAACAUCGAGUAAGCCUCCCUACGAGAUUUCCAGCAAUAGAAGUUACAUUCCUGAAGGGGAAGCUAAGGCUCAAAGAUACUGAGUCAGAGAUCCAAAAAUGAACCACGCUGUCAGUCACCAAGCCUAAAAUAGCAGCUCUAUUUGGAACAAUGAGCCUGUGAUAUGAAACAUACAACCUUUAUUCCUGGUCAAAUAUUAGUGUUUGGUCAAAUAUUAGUAUAAAGAGAUGAUAACAUAUAAAAAACACUUCUAGAAGAAUUGUUUUGAAAUCUAUGGCUAUGUACCAGUCAAUGCUUUUGGGCCUUGGUUUUAUCUGCAAAAGGAUUAGAUAUGAUUGAUCUCUAGGGCCUUUCACUCUAUCUGCUGCUGCUUUUAAAAAAAAAUUGUUAUAUCAAGUCAUUUCCUUAGAAAUGCUCCAUGAAGUAUAUUUAAAACUCAAUAUUUACUAUCAAUAUUUAAAAUGCUACAGUGAUAUAAAAAAUAUUCAGAGAAUUGUUUUUGUUAACUAAAAUUGCAGGAUAACUAAAACAAACUUUUUAGCUUUAACUCUGAAAAAUAAUUUUAAUUCAUGACUUUUCAAACUUACUGUUUCUCUUAGCUAGGGUUUUGGGAACACAUUUUUCACAAGUACCAGUAGGUUUUAGGUAUUACUGAGAAAUUGCUGGGUUUUAAUAUUUUAGAGUGCUAUUUAAGCUGCUUAGUAGAUGGCUGAUAACAUUUUUUUCAGAUCUUCUAUAGGUGUGUACUUUUUUUUCUGAAUUUGUUUUCUCCGAACUCUAAUUAUAUCUUCUUCGUUCUGUUGCUAGGUAUUAAAGGAAAUUUAAGAAAUGGUAACAGGAAGUAAACAGUGUGUUGCCACAUAUAGGCAGGCACAAUAUUUAUUGCAUUGACUUCACUAGAAUCCAGACAGACAUCACAUGAAGAUUUCUACCCUUAAUCUUAUUUCCAUUAGCGUACUUACUGCCUCCAGUUCUUUUGAAAAUAGAUUUAAAUCCUAAAUAAAUAUUAUAGGUGUUCCAAAUUAACAUAUGUCACUGGCUUCUAAACCUGGCACUGGGCAUUUGAAGAAUAGGAUUGGUCUCUACACUGAGUUUUCUGUCUAUUGGGGAAGUCAAAGAUAAGCAAAUAAAUGCAAUAAAAUACUAUAGAUGUUCUGUUAGAGGAAUAUACAGGAUCGAGCCAAAGCAGAAAGACAGGUUGGUACUCUCAAAGGAUGUCAUGUCUGAGCUGAGUCUUGAGAGAGGAUUAGGAAGGGGUAUGGAAAAAAACGGUAUAAAAGAAAGGGAAGGCCCAGUGAACACUGGACAAAAGGCCCAGCUCCAGCUCUGCUACCACCCAAAUGUGUGAUCUUGGGCAUUAACCUUGCUGAGCUUUUUCAUUUCCUCAUUUGCAGAAAGAUCAGGGGCUAGAUUAGAGCAUGUCUCACAUUCUUUCCAGAUCAAAGGAAACCUUCUAUCAUUAUUAGACUCAUUUUAUGAAAAGAGAUAACUGUCAAAGAAAGUUUUUAUAGUAAUUGGAAUUAAUCUUCCCAGAUUGUUCUUUUCACAUAAUUAAAUGGCCGCGAGUUUUCUGUUAUGCUAGAUAGACAUCUUAAUAUAGACCGCUUUAAUCUCUUGAGGCUUUUCAGUGUUGCUUAAAGUUGUGCUGACAUUAGAAAAUAUUAUCUUUAAUGUAAACCUCAAUUUUAAAAAUAUUUAUUACCUAAGUGACCACACUCUACGGGCAGAUGGAAGAGACCUCAGAGGUCCUAGAGUGUAGCAGAACUCCUCUUUAUAGCAUCUACAUUUGCUAAGACCUUGUCUUGGGGAUUCACAGCCAGCACAUACUGGGUAAAGAAAAUAUUCGAGAGUAAGGACUCAUAUGCCAUAUUGAGGGAGAAUAUAAAAAUUAAAGUUUUGUAUUAAAGCCUCAUGCAAUUAGUAUGGUUCACAGUAACAUCCUCCUCUUCUUUCAGAAUCUUUACGGCCGUAGGCUGACUAGCUCAAUUUUGUCUUUCUAUAUAUUUAUACCUAGUCUUCUUGCACAUAGGAUUUGAGGUGUCUUGCCAGAAUAUGAACAAUGUAAUAAAAGAGAAAAAUUUAAAAAUCAAUUACAAAAUAAAAAAGAGAUCCGGGGAAAAUAUAGGCAGAAUUGAGGAAAAUGAGGAGGAGAAAAGAGCUUUUGCAGAUAAACGGCACAAACAGCGAUGUAUUUCUUAAAAUUUGGCCACGCAUUUGAUCUGAGCUUCCUGGCAAGCAAAGCAAAAAGAAUACUUAUGAAGUUGUCCACAAAAGGAACUAUUUUCUUCCAGAUAAGCAAAGCUUCUCUGGACCCUUAGUUGAAAUGGUAUCUGUGGGUGGCUCAUUAUAGGCCUGCUGGCCUUCCUGCUGGCUAUACAGUUCUUUCCAGGUUGAGCUCUCCCUAGCCCAGCCUCUUGUUUUUCAUGUCACUGUUUUCUUUCAGGGACAAUGAAUCAUUCUUCCCAGGACACUGGCUCUGGUGGCAUUCAUGAAGACAGAAAGCUUUAUGUUGUGGAUUCCAUAAAUGACUUAAACAAACUAAACCUCUGUCCAGCUGGAUCGCAGCCUCUGUUCCCUCUAGAGGAGAAAAUCCCCGUCUUGGGCACAAACCCGGGAAACGGAAGCCGGAGUCUGUUUUUUGUGGGGCUGCUGAUUAUGCUGAUUGUCAGCCUGGUCCUGGUUUCCUUCGUGAUAUUUCUAAUAAUUCAAACGGGAAACAAGAUGGAUGAUGUGUCAAGAAGACUAACAGCUGAGGGAAAGGACAUCGAUGAUCUUAAGAAAAUCAACAAUAUGAUUGUGAUGCGGCUCAACCAGCUGGACUCUGAACAGAACUAAAGAAAUGAUUUUCCAAGAGUAGCUGCUAACGCCUUGAGCUUCUCUCACUUUACUCAGAGUGUACAGGGUUGAGAGUUGAGAAAGUGCAUUUCUCUGGGCAACAGAUUAUCUAGUCAGGGAUCCCAGCCCUGGGGCCUACUUUCUGUGCCCCUGGGAGGCCAGCGGGUUUGAGAUAGCAGCUAGAAAGGGGCGAGCUCGUCUCAGCUCCAUUGUGUGGUAGGGUGCUUCAACUUUAAUGGGGUUAAGGGUGGGUGGCUAGCAUGGUGGGGAAUCCACAGGAAGCAAGAGAAUUUGGCUGUGUGCUUACAACUUCUCUUCCAAAAGGAGUUCUGUCACUAGAACAAAUUCAUUGUAUCAAUGAGGUUCAUGAUGCCUCGUGCACCUUUACAAAUUCCUGUGAAAGCCUGUGGGAGUCAUUGAAUUUUAUGUUGAAGGGAACCAGAUGAUCACGCUUUUCAAUAAAAGAGAUUCUGCUCAGGU